GCCUUCAGAAGCUCUUCGCGGCCUUGACUGGCAUUUCGCUCCUGCAGAAGGUCUCUUACUCAGAGACUUCCCGCUUCCACAGCAGCAAGGAGCAUCCAGUGAACGGGCAGGUGAUGCACCCUCUGAUCUGGAACUUGACCCGCUUCCACCCCUUCUGGGCGCUGAUCGAGAUGACGAUGGGCAUCGUCGCGGCCAGGCACGUCAUGCUGGACACGGAGGAGGACAAGAAGAAGCCGACCACGAAUCCUCUUUGGAUGUUCUUGGCUGCUUAUGCUUCUCUGGGCCUGCGGCUGACCCAGUUUGAUUUCAAUGAUGCCAUCAUCCGCGGCGUUCUCUUCGUGCCGCUCUUUACCAAGUUCUUGACGCAGAUGCAUCGGGACGCGCUGACAGCGAAUCCCGCUCCAAUUACUAAGUUCUUUGGCUCCAAGCCGAUGGCCACACUCGGUUCCAUCGCCUUCCCGAUGUUCAUCCUGCAUGGCCCGAUUGGCCAGAUCUUCUACAAGAAGGUGCUCGCGAAAAAGUUGUGGGGCGGGCCAAUGUCCACGAGAUUCUUCCCGAUCUAUCUCGCCAUCUGCCUUGGCAUGAGCCACCUCACCAACGAAUACUUCGUGAAGAACAAGAAGGUGGGCGCCAUUGCCGGAAAGGUGGCCCAAGUUUUGGCGAGCUGGACUGAGGGCAUGCUGCGUGAUCGUGCGUAG